AAGCAGUGGAUGGAAGGAUAAGCAUCAAUGACGGGGGGAGAGUCUGCUGCUGGACCAGGUUCUGUUCCUCGCUCUGGGAGGAAAUCACCAGAGUCUGACUGAGAUGAUGUGGACAACAGCGACCCUCCUACAAUUUUCUCUUCUCGUUUCCUCUGCAAUCCCAGGAAACCAUUUGAACCAAUCAGAAACUGCCAAUGAGGAACUCUCUGAUCCUCCUGCCAAAGAUCAGAAGCCUCCCGGGGGGGUCAAGGGUCAGGACACCUGCUUCAUCCCAUGUGACAUCACAGCUAAGCUGCUACGAGAUGAGAAACACUCGAUCUGCGGACAGCUGCAGCAGUCUCUGCUGGCGUUUGGACGCAGCACCAGGAAGCUGAUGAGGGACGUGAUGGAGGAGCAGCAAAGAGCUCUGGACGUCCUCAGCAGUCAGGUCACAGAGCUGAUGAGCAAAGUGCAAACACUCAGCUCCGAGGUCCAGAGGAGCAACUCUGAGAUGUACUCCAUCAAACCUGUGCAAUCCCACGGAAGAGACUGCAGCGACAUCAAGAACAGCCUCAUGUCGGUCGUCCCAAAGAUCCCCAGUGGGAUCUAUAUUAUCCAUCCUGAGGAUACAGACUCUUCCUUUGAGGUGUUCUGUGAGAUGGACUACAUGGAGGGUGGCUGGACGGUGAUGCAGAGGAGGACCGACGGAUUGAAUGAUUUCAGACGACCCUGGGCUGAUUAUGUCGGAGGCUUUGGACACCUCGCAGGAGAACACUGGCUGGGUCUGAAGAAGGUGUUUAACAUCGUAAACCAGAAAGAUGCUCGCUUCCAGCUUCACAUUGUCCUGGUUUCCCACGAUGACAUCACCUCCUAUGCAUCGUAUGACGACUUUCGCCUUGAUGAUGAAACCCAGUUCUUCAGAAUACACCUGGGCAGAUACGCAGGCAGUGCUGGUGACGCUUUCCGCGGCUACGACCAGGACCAGAACCAGGACACGGCGCCGUUCAGCACCUCAGAUGUGGACAACGACGGCUGCAACCCUUUCUGCCCCCUGGGGAACAGCACGGUGGAGAGCUGCAGCCUUCAGCACAACCACACAGGAUGGUGGUUCAACCAGUGCGGCCUGGCAAACCUCAACGCUUCACCUGAGAUGGAGCAGAACCGGGACAGGAGGACCUACAUCCUGUGGGACACCUGGAGGCGCAGCGGAGUCCCUCACACAAUCAAAUCUGUUACCAUGAAGAUCAGGAGGAUUGACACCAAUAGCUGAUGACGAAUGUAGGACGGAGAAGACCAACGUGGGGCAUCAGAAGAAACAGUUGACACGUUCACACAAUUUAAACAAAACU